CUAGUAUUACAAAUGCUUUACAUUUACAAUUAAGUUAUAUGGGCGUGUGAUAUAUAUAUUCAUUAUUCUUUUUACUUUUUCUCUCUCUGAGGCAAGACUUACUGUAGGUUCGAUCGACAGCUGUUGCCUCUAUGUAUUUAAAAACACACUUGACUUGUUCAUUCUCUCUAAUCCUCAACACAAAUCCAUUAAUUCCCCUCUCUCUCUCUCUCUCUCUCUCUCUCUCUCUCUCUCUCUUUGUGGUAAUUAAGUUAAAGUCAAGAAUGUUUCCUAUUUCGAGUGAUGGGGUAUCUGAGGAUCCUUCCAUAUUUUUGGAGCUAGAAGAUCUGCUUGCCGAUUGUCCCAUUCCACAGGGCAAUCAAAAUACUGAGAAAAAGAGGCCCAGAAAAUUUGCAUCGACGAGAAGCCAAGAUGACUCAAAGAAGACUGCUCAUAAAUUUAUUGAGAAGCAGAGAAGGCAUGAAAUGACAGCCCUUUAUGCUUCACUCAGAUCCCUUCUUCCUCUCCAAUAUGUCAAGGGGAAGCGCGCUGUAUCUGAUCACAUGCACCAGGCUGUCAAUUAUGUUAACGAUAUGAAGAUGAACAUUGAACAACUGCAGAAAAGGAGAGACAAAUUGAGAAAUAUUACCACUUCUGCUGCUGCUGCUGAUGAUGAUGAUGGUGAUCCAAACACCACCGUCAACGGCCAUGAUUGUGUGAAGAUAACCCUUUUCAGAGAUGGGAUUGAGAUCUUGAUUACUCAUAGCCCCAAUGACAACAUUUUCCCCCUUUCAAAGGUGCUUGCAGAUUUGCUUGAUAGACAGCUCAACGUCGUUCACUGCGUUUCUACCACCACAUCACACUCAACUUUCCUCCAAACAAUUCAUAUUGAGGUUAAUGAUUCGACAAACAUUGAUCUACCUGAGCUACAAGAGCGACUGCAAAAUUUGAUUAGAUUUGCUUAAAUGCGGAAGCGGACAGCUUGAGAAUUGAGGUGGAAUUCGCGAAUAGGAAUCAAUGGCUGUUUCUAGUAUAGUAAUUUAUUGUUAGUCUGCAUUUAUUUUGAUGGAUAAAUUUAUCAUGGAAAAAGAAGGGAUCAGAAAAAUUUAUGUCUUUAAAUGCCUUUUUUUUCUGACAUUUUGUACAAAAGAGAACUUCAUCA